AUGAGCGGCGACCCCCGCGUACUGGCCGUUGACCAGUUUGUGCAGACACGCCAUCAAUAUCCACCAGCAUAUUUAGAUCCUGCCAGCGUCAGGCUCCCGGCAUCAUUCACCGUGUGUAUUAUUGGCGCGAGCACCGGCAUCGGGGAGCACAUUGCUUAUGCGUAUGCGCGGGCGGGCGCGGCGAGAAUCAUUCUUUCGUCUCGGACCAUCGGCGAUUUACAGGUGGUGGCCGAGGCGGUUGAAAAGAUCAAUCCUGCCAUCCAGGUCGAUGUUGUCGAGUGCGAUGUCUCGCAUGCCGCGGCUGUGGAGGCGCUGGCCAGCUACGUGACCAGCAAGUGUGGACGGCUGGAUGUCCUCGUUCUCAACGCGGGCUAUGCCGGCCCAGUCACGUUGAAGAUGGACCAAGGAAACCCGGACUGGGUACAGCGAGCGUUUGACGUCAAUGCUCUGGGGACGUAUCUCGCAGCACAUUAUUUCGUGCCUCUGUUGCUCGCAUCGCCCAAUGGCGCCAAGGGCUUCAUUGCGGUCGGAUCGGUCGCCGGCUGUUUGAGACGAGGCCCGAUUGCUAACACCGGCUACACGGUCAGUAAGAUGGCGCAGAUCAGGCUGGUCGAGUGUCUGCACGAGCAAUUCGCCGACGAGGGCUUGGUGAGCAUUGCAUUGCACCCGGGCGCGGUCAAGACCAGGAUGGCCGAGGGGAACACGCCCGAAGUGUUUUUGCCCUAUUUGACCGAUGAUGUUGCGCUGUGUGGAGCGGUCUGUGUCUGGCUGACCAAACAGCUGCAGGACAUCAUGUGGCUGAGCGGGAGGCUGAUUUGUGCCACUUGGGACAUGGAAGAGUUGAUGGCAAAGAAAGACAAGAUUAUAGAUGGCGAUUUAUUGAAAUUUGCUCUGGUGACUGAGUGA